AGCGCGACCAGAAAUCACAAUCGACAGUUUCGUCUUGUGGCGAUCCUACGAAAUGUCGUACAGCAUCCCUACCAAGGCUCGCGAGUACAGGCUCCCGAAGUUUGACGGGAUCCAAUCCCUAACUUUACAAGAAGCGCCAGUGCCCCAACCUGGAGCGAAGGAGGUGCUCGUUAAGAUCCACGCCGUCUCCCUGAACUACAGAGACCUAUUAGUGGCUAGCAACAAUUAUCCCUUCGCUCUCAAAUCAGACCUCGUCCCCGGCUCCGACGCAUCAGGCACGAUCGUUGCGCUCGGGCCUGGCGUCAAGGGCUGGCAAGUGGGCGAACGCGUCACCGCGAACUUUGCGCUGGACCACAUCUACGGCGACUCCACCCCAGACGUCCACAAGACCGUGCUUGGCGGCCUCAUUGACGGCGUGCUCACCGAGUACCGCGUCUUUCCAGAGCACGCUCUGGUGAGGGCGCCGUCGAACUUGUCGCACGCGGAAGUCGCAACACUCGCGUGCGCGGGCGUCACGGCGUACAACGCCCUGCUCGGGCCGCGCCCCGUCAAGGCAGGCGAAACGGUCCUUGUCCUCGGUACGGGCGGCGUGUCCAUCUUUGCCCUGCAGAUCGCGAAAGUGAGCGGUGCGGAGGUGAUCGUGACAAGCGCCAGCGACGAAAAGCUCGAGCAGGCCAAGAAGCUGGGGGCCAAGCAUGUUAUAAAUUACAAGAAGACACCGGACUGGGAGAAGGAGGUCUUGAAACUCACCAACGGCCGGGGUGUGGACCACGUUAUCGAGGUCGGAGGCCCUGGCACCUUCGACAAAUCCAUCGAGUCCGUCCGCGUGCAGGGUAACAUCCACAUCAUCGGCUUCCUCGCAGGGGUGACCGAAGUCUCGAACGUACCUAUGAAAAUUCUCCAGAAAGGCAUCAACGUGCGCGGCAUCCUCGUCGGGCCACGAUCCUCGUUCGAGGACUUCGUCAGGCUCAUCGAGAUCAAUGAUGUGAAGCCCGCCGUGGAUAAGGUGUUCCCGUUCGAACAAGCAACGGAGGCGUAUGAGCACCUGCAGGCCCAGAAGCACUUUGGCAAGGUGGUCAUCCAGGUCGCGAAGGACUGAGUGCCAGCGUCAGUUUGAUGAAAUAUUGAAUAAUAGGAGAGAUGUGUACGAAUAGGACAUACCGAUUUCAUCCAUGCCAUUCAGUUAAUCCUUCGUCUUACAAGCGUCCAAUAUCCGGAGGUUACACCUAGUACUUUUCUCAGCCAGUAGUUUCAUCCAGCAUGCGUCUGGAAGCCUAGCGCAUAUCAGCGUACCAUCCAUUCAUACUCUUAAUCAACGAUAAGCGACAAUGGUCGGAGGAGGUAGACUUCGUAUUUCACGUCACACAGCAGGGGGUUUGCGGUACGAGUCGAUGAGAUAUGGUGCCGCAC